CCCAGCUCGACAGUGACAAAUCGUCAUGCACUUUUUUGCUGUUAUAUCCGAAAAAAGGCUCCAUCUGAUGCAGCUUCGAUCCCCGAAAUAAUUGUCAACCUAAGCCCCGCCUCCAGAACUUCCUAAAACCAACUGUUGCAUGAACAAAUUCUUGUUGCUUCUAUGAACUCCCUCCGAGCCUUGCAGAGAAUCAAGCUUAUCCAGAAUACACUUACCACGAAACCUAUCGGACGAAUCAGUCAAUUCGCGACCAUGGCUGCCACUACGGACGUGAAGAACUACAAGUUCAACCACUCGAUGAUCCGAGUGAAGGACCCCAAAGCUUCGGUCAAGUUCUACGAGACCCUCGGCAUGAAAGUCAUCAAGCAAAUCCAACAACCCGAGGCCAAAUUCGACCUCUACUUUCUGGCCUACGACUCACCCAAUGCGCGGUCCGCGGGAAGCGGCACCUUUGACCGCGAGGGCAUCAUCGAGCUGACGCACAACUACGGCACCGAGAACGACCCGGAGUACAAGAUCAACAACGGCAACGCGGAGCCGCACCGCGGGUUCGGGCACACGUGCAUCAGCGUCGACAACAUCCAGGCGGCGUGCCAGCGCCUCGAGGACGCCGGGUACGCCUUCAAGAAGAAGCUGACGGACGGCAAGAUGCGGCAUAUUGCGUUUGUGUUAGAUCCCGAUCAGUACUGGGUUGAGAUUAUUGGCCAGAAGCCGAUUGAGCAGACGGAGAGUGUCAAGGAGACGGAUGUGACUACCUACAGAAUGAACCACACGAUGCUCCGCGUCAAGGACUACGAAAAGUCGCUCAAGUUCUACCAGGACGUCUUGGGCAUGACGCUGAUCCGCAAGAACGAGGCCAGCGACUUUACCCUCUUCUUCCUGGCCUACGGCGACCUCAAGGAGGGCGAGAGCCAGGCGCAGCGCGAGGGUAUCCUCGAGUUGACCUGGAACCACGGCACUGAGAAGGACGAGAGCUUCAGCUACCACAACGGCAAUGACCAGCCCCAGGGCUUUGGACACAUUUGCGUCACGGUCGAUAACAUUGACGCCGCGUGCGCGCGUUUCGAGGAGUUGAAGUGCAACUGGAAGAAGCGCCUCACUGACGGCCGCAUGAAGAACGUUGCGUUCUUGUUGGAUCCUGAUAACUACUGGGUCGAGGUUGUCCAGAAUGAGAAGUUUGCCGGCAAGGACAACUUCUAAGCGCUCAGUUUAUGAGACUGCUUGUUGACCAACAGUAAAGUCAUGAGUGGAAAUGAAUGAGAUGAAGUUAGCAGUGAACGGCGUUCGGUGAGAGGCAACGGGC